UUUAAACAAUUAAAUUAAGUUGUUUUUUUAAUUACAUUGUCAGCCCAACAAAUAAUAACUGUCAAUUAUUAGUAGGUCUGGCAGCCUUGCGCAUAUGUCUGUGGUAGUCGUCAGUGGAAACAAAAAGAUUUGCUCAGCGUUUGUAGAAAAGACGCAAAUUGUGUGAAUUUUUUAAAAACUUUUCGAUAAGAUUGGAUAUUGGUUCAAAGAGGUAGACAGAGAGUAACUUGAAAGCAAAGGCAAAACCUUUUCGUGCCUGUCUAUUUCAUAGACGUCAAAGGACAAAGAAAGAGAUAAAGGACGUUUGGCGGGACGUUCAGCAUCAGUUAUAAAAAACACAAAGGAAAAUAUUUCUAAGAGAACCAGAAAACUUAUAGAGAGUUCAUUUCCCUCUAACGUGUGCGGAAACAACUAUUUAAUUCAGCAACAUCCAUUCAACUCUUAAGUGAAACCACGUCGAGGCACAAGUGAAGGCGUGUGCUCGUGCUUCUACCACCAAAGUAGUUCAUUCAACCGUGCGGAUUUAUUUGAAAAUUAGUGUGUGAAAUAAAUAUGAGUUCAUUAGCUGCCUUUGUGUCUGAUUUCUCUAAUAUGUUGUCCAAUAUCGUGGACGAAAAUGCAUCUCUGUCAAGAGCACCAGCAAUUAUGACAUCGAAUCCACCUAUUUGUCGUUAUUUUCAACGUGGUAUAUGUCAUUAUGGAAAUUUAUGUCGAUUUUCUCAUGCACUUACUGGCGGCGAAGGCAAUAACAAUUGUAACAGUAAUGAAACUGAACCAUUAAAUCCUACCACCUCUACAAAAAACAACAAUAAAAUCACUACAGAAUCUCUAAAUGCCCGACCCAGCACUAGUCGACAAAAUUGGAUAAAUGCACCAGUUUUUGUACCGAAAAAUCAUAGGUCAACUUACGCUCCUGAAGAACCUACACCUGACAAUUCCACUAAUGAAGGCGCAACGGCCAUGUGUCCAAUGAACAAUGAUAUUCAAAAAUCUUGGGCAGAUGUGGUUGGUGGUGGUAAUGUCGCGCAACGUACGAACAUUGUUGAAGGCGCUGAUGCCGAAGCCAUGCUUGAAAUGGAGUGCCCAUUUGAGGGACCCUGUCCGUAUGGUGCGUAUUGUGCUUACGGCAUACACAUGGAACUUUGUAAAAUGUGCGAUCAGUUUUGUCUACAUCCAAGCGAUCAAAACCAACGCCGCAAACAUAAUCAAGAUUGCUUACAGCAACAUGAACAAGCCAUGGAGUUGUCAUUUGCUAUUGCACGCUCCAAGGAUAAAACUUGUGGCAUUUGCUUCGACACAAUAAUGGAAAAAGCGGGCAGAGAGAAACGUUUUGGAAUUUUGCCUAAUUGUAAUCACAUUUUCUGCUUGGAAUGUAUACGGAAGUGGCGACAGGCAAAACAGUUUGAACAUAAAAUUACACGCUCGUGUCCAGAGUGUCGUGUAUCUUCUGAUUUUGUUUGCCCCAGUGCCUUUUGGGUGGAAACUAAAGAAGAAAAGGAUAAGCUGCUCAAUGACUAUCGAUUAGCGCUUGGUGUGAAAGACUGCAAAUACUUUAAAAAGGGGAGUGGCAAGUGUCCAUUUGGCAACAAAUGUUUCUAUAAACAUGCUCUACCCAAUGGUGAUUUAGUCGAUGUGGGUUGCCCAAAACGUGCACGCAAACUACAUCGUGGCUCAAAUGAUUUCAUCGAUUUGCUUGAUAUUUAUUUAUGGGAGUUUGUCGAACAACGCGAUUACCAUUGGCUUGACUUUCUGUCUGGCACCAGCGAUGAUAGUGAUGACAGCGAUUUUUCGGAGGAGUAAACCCAUGCAGCUAUUCAAUAACACAAAGUUAUAAAAGCUAUGGUGUAUUUUAUCCAAUGUGCUACCAAUAUUAUUUUGCGAAAAGAAAAAAGAGAACCUAUAUACAAGUUAGAAAUUGAAAAAAAAAAACGGAAUAAAACUAUAAUAUUCUAUAAGCCGAUGCGGAACCGUCGUUAAGUAUGCCAAUAUUGGAUACUCAAAAUGAUAUGAUUAAAAUGCAAAUAUGAAAAAGACGGAAUUAAACAGUACAGAUCCAACAACAAAAAAAAAAAUAAAA